UGGCGGCCGGUUGCCUCGGCGACGCGGUGAGGCGCCCCGAGAGAAGGCCAUGUUUCAGAUGCCGGAACUUUUUCCGAGGAGGAGGGGGUUGGACACGCCGGGAGCUUUCGGGCCGGAUCAGUUGGGAUUACGAUUAGGCAUGUGGUACUGGAAAGAUGAAACCAAAACCCUUGAAUUCAGAAGUUUUACACCUGCAGUAGAACUCAAGGAAAAGGGAAAGAAAGGCAAAGCAGUUCACUUUGCUGAAAUUGAUGGUCCAGCUUCAGAAAGGUUGACAGAUAAAAGGUUUGCUUCAAGAGAUGCUAAGUCACCUCAAGCCUUAGAGAAACGAGGUCAGCAGGGCAACGUUACACUGCAUGAUGCUAAAUUUGUUGCUUUGCUUUUGCUACAAGAGACCGAGAUGCAGCGGAUUUUUUCUUUUUCAACAUUUAUGAGGAAUAAGAAUCUUGAUAAUUUCCUCAUGGCGUUAUUGUACUAUUUAUCUCAUUACUUGGAAAAAAUCUCACUGGAAAAGAAGCCCAAAAGCUAUAUGGUGGGCCUUGUAGAGAAAAAAGAGAUGGAAUUGGUUUUAAGUAAGUUAGAAGUGGCACAAAAAUACUUGGCGAAGAAGUACUGCGUCCUUGUCCUGGGCUUGGGAAUGCCUGAUAAGCAUCACAUGUGCUGUGGAAAGGAGAAAAUAUCAGAUACACAGAAAGACUGGAAAUUCUUUGAGUCCUUUUACACUUUCUGUACAUAUGUAGCUUGGAUUGUCUUCCGACGUCAAUAUUUCACAGAGAUUGAGGAGGAAAUAGGGAGGCUCUUUCGUACCAAUAUGUUCAAUAUUCCUCGAAGGAAGCGUGAGGAUGAAGAAUCAGGAGGGGAAAAGAAACGCAUGACUUUUGUACAAUUCAGGAGAAUGAUGGCAAAACGCCCAGCGAUUAAAAAAGCCAUUUAUAUGCGCUCUCCAGUCAUGUCUACUCUGCUGCCAUCUCUCAGAGAAAAAGCUCAGAAUGUCUUUGAGAAAAAGUGUUGUCAAGGAGACUUAAUAUUUUCAGCCCAGAGGGAAGAGUGCAUGGAAAAUCUGGAUUCUGUGCACAUGCCAAUAGUUGGCAUCUUGGGGGAGCCUCGAUGUCUGUUCAACCCCCAUACCCUCCUCCCUUUUGAAUCAGAAGAAAACACGAAGGCGGCUGCAAGACAUUCUUCCCUGAUAGAAAGUAAUAACAUGAGGAUUCAAGAUACACUGGACUUAGUCAUGAAAAGACUGUCCCCUCAAACAUCAUUCCCUAAAUAAUCUGGUACAUUUCAUUUCUGUAAUUAAGUCCUUGUGUUCGAAGUAAACUACUGUGACUUAAAUCACUUUAUAUAGGACUAAUAUUUGUUAUUAUUAAACUUUUUUAAUUGUUCAAAUUAUUUUGUUAAAAGUUCAAAUGGCCUAUUAAAGAAUUCAAGAAAGCUCUUGAAAAGCUCAUUUUCCUAUAUUUAAUAGUUGGCUUUGUCAUUUAUUUACUUCUUUGUUUUCCAUUUGGCCAUUUAGAGUAACAUAUUAACAGUUAGCCAGUAUUCUAGUGGACUAGUAAAGAAACAUUCUGUUUAUUCAUUUCUAAGUUCCUUUUAGCUUUAUGAGAGUGUAUCUUUGGUAUGUUUAAAAACAAAAUUUCAUAAAAAGGCAAAUUAAAAUGUUUUCAACAUUAAA